AUGGCGCAGACGGAGGUGCUGCUGACCAAGCAGCCGGCGCCCCAGACGGUGCCGGCCUGCGAGCUGCCCCGCAAGGAGUAUGAGGUGGCACGCAACACGGGCGCCUACUCGUCCUCGGGGCUGGCCACGGCCGGCUUCCGCACGGCCAAGUACCUGGUGGACGAGUGGUUUCAGGCCGGCUACGCGCGCUACCACCAGGCCUUCUCGGACCGCGACCGCUCGGAGCGGCAGCGACAGGAAAGCGGGCAGCUGGCGGCCGAGACCGAGGCGCUGGCGCAGCGCACGCAGCAGGACUCCACGCGCAGGGUGGGCCAGAGGCUGCAGGACGCCCACGGCUGGAUGUCCGAGCUGCAGCGCGAGGUGACCGAGCUGCUGGCCGAGACCGACCUGCUGCUGGCUCAGAAGCAGCGGCUGGAGCGCGCCCUGGACGCCACGGCCCUGCCCUUCUCCAUCACCACCGACAACCUGCAGAGCCGCGAGCGCCGCCAGGCCCCCGACCUGGUGCGGGACCGCGUGGAGGUGGAGCUGCUGAAGGAGGCCGAGCUCAUCCGGAACGUCCAGGAGCUGCUGAAGAGAACCAUCAUGCAGGCUGUCAACCAGAUCCGGCUGAAUCGUGAGCACAAGGAGACUUGUGAGAUGGACUGGUCAGACAAGGCGCAGGCCUACAACAUCGACGAGACCUGUUCCCGCUACCACAGCCAGAGCACCGAGGCGCACUUCCACCCGCACUCCACCGCCUUCGAGGAGAGCGCCUCCACGCCGGAGUCCUGGGCCAGGUUCACCCAGGACAACCUGCUCCGGGCAGAGCGGGAGCGCCUGGCCUCGGCCGACCUGCGUGUGCUUGUGGACUGCAUCCUGAGGGACGUGUCGGAGGACCUGCGGCUGCAGUGCGACGCCGUGGCCCUGGCCUUUGGGCAGCGCUGCGAGGAGCUGGAGGAUGCCCGCCACAAGCUGCAGGACCACCUGCAGAAGACGCUGCGGGAGAUCUCAACCCAGGAGCACAACGUCGGGGCGCUGCGACAGGCCAUCAAGGACAAGGAGGCGCCGCUGCGCGUGGCCCAGACGCGGCUGUACCAGCGCUCGCACCGGCCCGGGGUGGAGCUGUGCCGGGACACUGCCCAGCUCAGGCUGGUGAGCGAGGUCGGUGAGCUGAACCAGUCGCUGGCAGCGCUGCGGGAGAAGCUGCUGGAGGCGGAGCAGGUGCUGCACAACCUGGAGGACACACGGCUGGACCUGGAGAAGGACAUUGCAGUCAAGACCCACAGCCUCUGCAUCGACCGCCACAAGUGCUUGACCCUGCGGGCCCGCUACCCCACUGUGUCCCAGCUGGCCGGCUACCAGUAA